CUGGAAACAGACUGGAGAACUUCAGUCAAAUUUAACUGUCGAAAAAAUAUCAAUAUUGUUAGUUCAAGCAACACUGAUGAGAAACAAUUCAAAGGCUCUGAAUAUGUAAAAGCAUCUGGUCAUAUUAACAAUUCAGAGCAACAAAAGGAGAGGCAAGCAGGAAGAAAACAACUUAGCUGUUCUGAUCAGAGUAAAAGACAGAAACAGAAGGGCACUCUGAACAAACACAUUAGAAUUCAGGCAGGACAAAAAGCAUUUGUCUGUUCUGAGUGUGGUCGAAGAUAUGUACGAAAGAGCCACCUGAACAGACACAUGAUGAUUCAUUCAGGACAAAAACCAUAUGUCUGUUCUGAGUGUGGUAAAAGAUUUGGACAAAAGAACAGCCUGAACAAACACAUGAUAAUUCAUACAGGACAAAAAGCAUUUGUCUGUUCUGAGUGUGGUAAAAGAUUUGGACUAAAAAGCAACCUGAACACACACAUGAUAAUUCAUACAGGACAAAAAGCAUUUGUCUGUUCUGAGUGUGGUAAAAGAUUUGGGCGAACGAAUAGCCUGAACCAACACAUGAUAAUUCAUACAGGCCAAAAACCAUUUGUCUGUUCUGAGUGUGGCAAAAGAUUUGGACGAAAGAACAGCCUGAACGAACACAUGAAAAUUCAUACAGGCCAAAAACCAUUUGUCUGUUCUGAGUGUGGCAAAAGAUUUGGACGAAAGAACAGCCUGAAUGAACACAUGAAAAGUCAUACAGAACAAAAACCAUUUGUCUGUUCUGAAUGUGGUCGAAGAUUUGGACAAAACAGCCAGCUGAAAAUACACAUGAUAAUUCAUACAGGACAAAAAGCAUUUGUCUGUUCCGAGUGUGGUAAAAGAUUUCGACGAAAGAACGGCCUGAACGAACACAUGAUAAUUCACACAGGACAAAAACUAUUUGUCUGUUCUGAAUGUGGUCGAAGAUUUGGACAAAAGAGCACCCUGAAAAUACACAUGAUAAUUCAUACAGGACAAACACCAUUUGUCUGUUCUCAGUGU